AUGAGUCAGAAUUCAGUGCUCAAGUCCAAGAUUUCUUUGAUCAGCGUGGUUGAUAGUUUAUUUUGUAAGGUUUUCCUAGACAAACUUUUCAAAAAAAAAGCCUAUAGUAUUUCUGUCACUGUGGCCUCAAGAUGUCCUUUGGCUCAAACUGUUGUAGUAGAUUUAUUCUAUGAUGUGCUAGUCAGUGGAGUUAAUGAGCUUAAUGAAUUCUCACAAGAAAAAUUCCCCACGUUAUCUAUGGAUUAUAAUUCACCAGGUGGAGAAGGUUCGAAACGACACACCAAAGUUCUGAUGAAUAAAGAUGUAUAUACACAUAUUCGUAUACAUGCCUUUCGAUACUUUGGGUCUUCUGAUGCCUAUAUCACAGUAUUUGGCAGAGAAUUAGCGCUAUAUAUAGUAGAACCCCUUACCUCAGCUCCAGUUACUUUUACUACCGCGCAUUUUCUUUUUGAACCGAGUGAAAAUAUGCUUAAGAUUAAUGUGGAAGGAUAUUUUGAUUAUGAGCACGCAAUUGUUAAAUUGAGCUCAAUUUAG